GAAGAAGCUUCCCAUGUGACGUCACAACAACAACAGCAAAAUCAGCGGCGGCGGCGGCGCUUUUGCCUUUCUCUCGCCGAAUUGGCAACAAUGUCGUGGUUGAAAGCGGUGUCAAACAGGACGGACGACGUUUUUGAGGAGAACGCGAACGAACUUAACAUUUCAGCCAAAGAAUGGGCGCUCAAUAUGAAGAGAAGAAACAGGGACGGUUACGUGGAUGGCGCUGACGCUGGCGAGGAUGCAGCGCUGGAGGUGGGUUUCAAGGAGGGCUUCUGCGAGGGAGCGGCCAAGACUCGGGCCAUUGGACGACUUCGAGGGAUUGUUUGCGCAAUCGGCAGCUGGUACCAGGUGGAGCACCGCGGCCAGCCAUUCCCCGCCUCCGUGAUGGCUCUCCUGCAGCGUGUUUCGCAGCACGAGGAUUCCAUCGUGUCUGAAAUCAUGAAAGCCAUGGAGACGCCACCCCAUCCUAGUCCUGACGAUGUGGCAGAGAGCCUGGAGGAGCUCGGGGUGGCAUCACCCAAGGCCUGUCAGGAGAGCGACUGCUGCAUGGACACGGAUUGUCCUCCACGUUGUCAAACGACACAUCAAGUGGGCGGUGGGAGCAACACUUGUUCCCCGUCCCAUGCCCGUGCGACAAACUUCAGCCAGCUGGUGCAGAGCUGCAGGGACAUCGCUGCGGAGCUCGGGCUACCUCCAGGGCUGUUGGAGCACAUCGAUGAGUUGGAAAAUAUUUAAUUGACAUUUUUAUAUACCGACAAUACAAGCAGUCCCAGAAAUCUUGGGGCAGUGACACAACUGUCCCCUUUUGGGCUCUAAGCAGCACCCACAAUGGCUUUGAAAUGCAACCAACAUAAUGUGUUCGAAGUAUAGAUAAUUGGGGGGACUGAUUGACAUCCAAAAAGGUGGAUGCCGCUCUAUACGAAGGACAACAUAUUGUGUAUGGCUGGAAUCAUGUGGAAUCCAUGUACCUCUGAAAUAAUUUCUCUAUACAAAUGUAAUAUAUUUGAAUAAUGUUUCAGACAAUGUCCGCCUCACAGUUCAGAGGGUGCGGGUUGGUUUCCACCUCCGGCCAUCCCUGUGUGGAGUUUGCAUGUUCUCCCUGUACCUGCGUGGGUUUUCCCCGGGAAGUCUGGUUUCCUCCCACAUCCCAAAAACAUGCUUGGUAGGCUGAUUGAGCACUCCAAAUUGCCCCUAGGUGUGAGUGUGGGUGCGAAUGGUUGUUUGUCUCGGUAUUGGCUGGCAACCGGUUCAGUGUGUCCCCUGCCUACUGCCCGAUGACAGCUGGGAUAGGCUCCAGCAAGCCCGCGACCCCCGUGGGGACAAGCGGUAUAGAAAAUGAAUGGAUGGAUGAAUGCAAUUUAAUAUUUUUUAGUGAUGGAUCAAUUAAGUCA